CCGUACGGAGUACAGUACGGUGCACGGAGGGCCCAGCUCCCAGCUCCCCGCUGUUGCUCCUCCGUCCUUCCCUGGGUAUCCAUGCCGCUCCAGUGCAGGCGGCCUCGGAUUCCGACUCCACACCACCGCUCAGCAACCUGUAACGCCACUUGAGAACGGGGCUCUCAUUGUGCAUAUUUCAGUUUGCGACGAGGGGCAGGCAAGGUCGCGAAGGACCAGAAAGAUGGGCUUCUUCGACAACCUGCUGCUCCGCCUGGACGAGAGCGUCACGGGGCUCUUCGGGCAGUGGAACCUCUGGACCACCGUGAUUGCUACCGUGUUCGCCGGCUUCUUGACCUACCAGAUUGCGACCCGCCAGGAACCGGACACGCAUCCCUUCCUGCUCGCCCGCCAGGCCGAGGGCUCCCCCGUGCGCCAGCCCGGCGAGUCCGCCGUCUACCGGUCGCAGGGCGCCCCCCAUGGCAUGCCGCUCAACUCCGGCUUGAAUGUGAAGGAGCCCGGCGCAUCCAAGUGGGCGAGAGGGCGCGACGGCGACCUGCGCGAUGUGUGGCGCCAGGCUGUCGCUGGUGUGCAGGAGGACGGCCCGACGAAGGGGGCCACCGGCCGCCUCCUGACUGUGCUCGGCAUCGACAAGGUCGUCGAGCACCGCCUCGACGACGUCACCCGCCAGAUCAACCUGAUCGGCCAGCACAUCCUCGACCAGGGCGGCAACCGCGUGGCCAUCUACCUCCCGAACUCGGUCGAGCUGAUCGCGACGCUCUUCGCCUGCUCCUUCUACAACCUGACGGCCGUGAUCCUUCCCUUCGACCAGUCCGACGAUGCCGUCAUCUCCAUGCUGCGACGAUCGGCCGCUGACACCGUUGUCACCGCCCCGGGCUCCUUCCCUUUCGAUUUGGUCGUCAAGAACUACCCCUCCCUGCGCCAGCUGAUCUGGGUCGUCGACGAGGGCAGCAAGCAUCUGGACUGGAACGAGGUCCCCCAGGGCACGGGAGGUAGCGUCAACGUGUCCACCUGGCAAGACAUCGUUAACGACAGCCCCGUUGAUGCCGGAAAGGCUCUGCCACCUCUGGAAGGGCAGAAGGAGCCCCGCGACGUCACCGUCUUCUGGGUGUCCAAGCCGGGCCAGCCCGAGGAAAUGGUGCGCUUCACGUCGGCCAACUUCGUCUCCGCCAUCGCCGCCCAGCUAUUUGCCAUCCCGACCGCCCAGCGGAUGGGCCCUUCGGACGUCUUCCUCCCGGCCGACUCCCUGGCCAACACGCACACCCUCGUGCUGACCCUCGCCGCGCUCUUCUCCAACGCCUCAGUCGCCUUCAACUCAGUCGCCGCCCAAGCACACGACCUCGCCGUCGCAACCCGCGGCGUCUCCCCCACCAUCCUCGUCGCCACGCCCGCCGCCCUGCUCAAAACGCACAAAGAAACCAGCGCCCGCCUCGACGCCUCCCUGCUGGGCCGCGCCCUGCACCGCCUGCAGACCCGCCAGCUGACGCAGAACGGCGUGAUGCCCGCCGCCGGCGACGGCCUGCUCUCCGGCGCGUACGCCGCCGCCGUCGGACGGCCCGCGGGGAGCAAGCUGCGCCUGAUCCUGACGGCCGAGCGCGUCGGCGCCGACACCCCGCGCCUAUCGUCCGCCGUGCUGUCCGACCUGCGCGCCUUCACGGGCGCCCGCAUCAUGUACGCCCUGACGGCGGCCAAGGUGGCCGGCGCCGCGACGCAGACGGCGUUUUACGACUACAGGGUCGUGGCGGACGGCGAUGGCGUGCACUUCGGCCCGCCGCUGACGAGCACCGAGAUCCUCCUCCGCGAUAUGGGCCAGUGGAAGACCACUGAUGAGAGCAGGGCUGGGGAGAUUAUUGUCCGGGGGCCCUGUGUCGCCGGGAAUCAGGCGGCGUUGGGUGUGGCGGGUAGAAUCAGGGACGACAACACGCUGGCAUAUGCUUGAGACAACCCAUCGAGGUAUGAUGAGGGAUACAGUUCCAAGCUGGCACCGCGGCUUUACUCGGCAGCUUGCCCGUUGCAGCGUUGAAUAAUCUAGCGUUUCUAUUGAAACUAGACUUAGGUUUGUUUGUGAUUGCUCAACAUGCCGUCCCAUAGAAGUCGCAUUAGCGUCGAAUCAACAUGUACGAAUGAAUACGCCAUGCUCGAGUUGAAUGUG